GAAACGGCAGAAACCACCAUCCAUCCUCGCGAUGCCGUCCCCGAGCAAGGUGCGGUCGGCGCCGCCGCCGUCGACGCGAGAGCCUGCCAUCGUUGUGCUCGACAUAAAAAAAGUGGCAUACUCGACAGUGCCAACUCCAAACGAGGUCGCGUUGUCGCAAGAGCUUUUGGACUUACAGGCCGACCGAGACGUGAUUGAAAAGCGCUUCGAAGACCGCAUUCUCGACCUCGAAGCACAGCUCACAGCAGCUCACCUUCGAGAGACGGAGCUGCUGGCCCGCGAGCAGCGCAGUCACAUUGACCAGAUUCAGCAACAGCAAGCGGCCGUGCUGGAGGAGCGGGCUCUGUGGACGAAGCGCCUCGAGACGAUGACAGCUCAGUUGGCGAAGCUCCAGCAUGACCAGGAAACGCAAAAGCAGUGGCACGAACGAUUCCACCUACACGCAUGCUCGCCGUCGAUCCAUCCAUUGGCCGACGACGUGUUUGCGCGGUUUGGUCAGAGCAUCGCGCUGCUCCCAACGACCGAAUCCCCUCACGUCGUUCGCGCCGGCUGCCUCGACUUUUUGGCCAGCAUUUUGCGGGAAACCACGACGGACGCGGUGUUGGGCCCUGUCCUGAUCGGCCUCGUCCACGUCUCCAUCUACGCGUCCCCCGGGACCACGCCAUCCCCUCUGCGCCACGAAAUUGUUAAAGCAGGGACGCUGCCCCCCCUCGUCCACAUCUGUGACGUUGUGACCAACCCUGCGAUUCUCACCGAGGCGGCGCGGCUACUGGCGUCCCUCGCGGCCUCGCCAUGGAACAAAACGGCCAUGGCAGCCAAGCACGUCGUUCGCACACUGGCCAAGCUCCUGACAACGUACGAGUCGACUCCAGACAAAUAUGCUUCGGUGUUGGAGUUUGCACUCGUCGCGCUCUCCAAUCUGGCCCAUGAUUCCGACGUGCUGCGGACGCAAGUCGCCCAGUCUGGCGCCGUUGCGUGCAUCUCGAGGUUACUGGCCGAUGUCCCGACCUUGUCGGUGCGAGUCGCCGCCGCGCACACCCUCGCCAAUGUCGGAUUCGCCGGUGCGACGAACCAGGGCGCUGUGUUCAUGGCGCAAGGUGACAUGGAGCUGAUCAAGCAGCUUGUCGCGACAGCAAAGGGAGUGCCGUCCGGUGGUGUGGCGAGUGCUAGUCCGCCGUCGGCUCGCUGUGCAUCGUCCGCCAACCAACCACCACCAAGACUACGUCGGGCAAUCGACAUGGACGUCUUGCAGCACAGUGCGCGGGGCCUCGCCAACUUGGCGUCGACAAAAGUGAACCAGAUUUCGAUCGGGUACAGCGAAGCGAUACCGACGAUGCUGCAGUUGCUCGUCGACUGCCGAGACGCCCCCGUUCUUGCGGCCUGCGGCCUGGCAAUUGCAAGUUUAUGCCACCAGUGCAAAGUCAACAAAGUCCGCGUCGCUGGGCAAAACGGGCUCGCCGUCCUGCUCUACGUCCUCGGAACGCCCGACCGCUUCCACCACGACGCCGCCGUCCUGGUCGCGGUGUGUCUGGCGAUUGCGUCCGUCGUAACGUUGGACGCCAACCUCCGACUUCUCGAGGACAUGGGCGGCCACGAUCCGCUGCUCGCGCUGUGCGAGACAACCACCGACCUCCAAGUCCUCGACGCGAGCGGUCGUGCGAUUGCCGCGAUGGCCCCGACGUUAGAAUACAAGUACAACACGCUCCAGCAGGGCAAACCGUUCGUGGUCCAGGACAAAGGCGGCCUUGCAGCGCUCGAGCGCGUCGCGACGGUUGUGUACGCCGCCAAGGACCUGCCCUCGUGGCUCGACCACGCGCUCGACGUGCUUCGAAUGACUCCAAAGCAACUCGCAGCGACGAUGGCGACGGUUCCCGUCCACGACAUCACCAACCCAAAAUCCGACGAAGGCGACAGCGUGUGGGACGAAGUGUUCACCCGCGACGCUGUGGCCGUCGAGUCGCUCGUGCCGGUCGCUCCCGACGACCUCUGCACCUCCUUUUAUGCCGUCGAGCGAGGCGAGUCUGGCUAAGAUCGCGAAUGCAGCACAUGCGUCCUUCUUAA